GCAGAGGCUGACAACGACCGGACAAAGGUUUGAAAUGGCAGAACACUUGCGCAUGGGAAUCUCAAACACAACAACACAUCAGUUUUGCUGAAUGACUGGAUAUUUAAGGAGUGACCAAAUAUUUUCUUUGCAGCACCAACACCUCUGUUGUCGAUCCACGGAGGUGAAGAAUUAUCUCAUAACAUCUGGUAAUGUGUUCUGUCACUGAAAUCAAGCAUUCUGUUGUAACUCAGUGAAAUCCACUUGAACCGGGGUGCUGAGAACACACCAGCAUUUGUUCACUGGAGAUCAGUUCUUCUACUGCAUUGAUUGUAGACGGGAUUCAAACGUCUGACUGUCUGAAUUGCAGAGAAUUGAUCGCAGUGAGAUAUCAUUCUCCUUCUCUCAGUGUGGGAGGGGAUUCACUCACAGCCUACCCGCAGACACGCUGGUGAGUUCACAUUAGGGAGAGGCCAUUCACCUGCUCUGUGUGAGGGAGGGGAACUACUCAAUCAUCCAGCCUGAAGAUACAUCAGCAAGUUCACACCACAGUGAGAUGCUCCACCUGUUCUGACAGCGGGAAGCAAAACAUUCUGUCAUCGAUGCUGAAGAUAUAUCCUAAAGUUCACCAGUGAGAGGACAUUGACCUGCUCGGAUGGUGGGAAGACAUUCACACGCUCAACCAGACCACAGUGACACCAAUGAGUUCACACCGGGGAGAAGCCAUUCACCUGCUCUGAAUAGGGGAAGAUAUUCACUCAUUCGUCCACACUACAUAGACACCAGCGAGUUCACACUGGGGAGAGCCCAUUCACCUGCUCAGACUGUGGGAAGAGAUUCACUCAGUCGAUUCACCUGCUGCAACAUCAGUUAGUUCACACUAGGGAGAUGCCAUUCACAUGCUCAGACUGUGGGAAAGGAUUCACCCAGUCAUCUCAACUGAAGGAGCAUCAGCGAGUCCACACUGAGGAGAAGCCAUUCACUUGCUCUGAAUGUGGGAAAGGAUUUGCUCGGUCAUCUGAACUGAAGGUACAUCAGCGAGUUCACACUGGGGAGAGGCCAUUCACCUGCUCAGACUGUGGGAAGGGAUUCACUCACUCGUCCAACCUGCACAGACACCAGCGAGUUCACACUGGGGAGAAGCCAUUUAUCUGCUCUGAAUGUGGGAAGGUAUUUGCUCAGUCAUCUGAACUGAAGUCCCAUCAGCGAGUCCACACUGGGGAGAAGCCAUUCACUUGCUCAGAAUGUGGGAAAGGAUUCGCUCGGUCAUCUGUACUGAAGUCACAUCAGCGAGUUCACACUCGGGCGAUGCCAUUCACCUGCGCAGACUGUGGGAAGGGAUUCACUCACUCGUCCAAUCUACAGAGACAUCAGCGAGUUCACACUGGGGAGAAGCCAUUCACAUGCUCUGAAUGUGGGAAAGGAUUCGCUCAGUCAUCUGAACUGAAGUCACAUCAGCGAGUUCAUACGGGAGAGAAGCCAUUCACCUGCUCUGACUGUGGGAAAGGAUUUGCUCGGUCAUUUGAACUGAAGUUACAUCAACGAGUUCACACUAGUGAGAGGCCGUUCACCUGCUCUGACUGUGGGAAGGGAUUCACUCACUCGUCCAAUCUACACAGACACCAGCGAGUCCACACUGGAGAGAAGCCAUUCAUAUGCUCUGAAUGUGGGAAACGAUUUGCCCAGACAGCUCAACUGAAGUUACAUCAGCGAGUCCACACUGGGGAGAGGCCGUUCACUUGCUCUGAAUGUGGGAAGGGAUUUGCUCAGUCAUCUGAACUGAAGGUACAUCAGCGAGUUCACACUGGUGAGAGGCCGUUCAGCUGCUCAGAAUGUGGGAAAGGAUUCAUUCGUUCAUCUCAACUCCUGAGACACCAGCAAAUUCAUACUGGGGAGAAACCAUUCAUCUGCUCAGAAUGUGGGAAGGGAUUCACCGAUUCAGUUCAUCUGAAAGAACAUCAGUUUGUUCACACUGUGGAGAGGCCGUUCACCUGCUCAGACUGUGGGAAAGGAUUCACUCGGCGUUUUAGUCUAUUAACGCACCAGUUAGAUCACAGUGAGGAGAAACCAUUCAUAUGCUCUGAAUGUGGGAAAGGAUUCACACAGUCAUCUCAACUGAAGGAGCAUCAGCGAGUCCACACUGGGGAGAAGCCGUUCAUCUGCUCUGAAUGUGGGAAGGGAUUUGCUCAGUCAUCUCAACUGAAGUUACAUCAGCGAGUCCACACUGGGGAGAGGCCAUUCAACUGCUCUGAAUGUGGGAAAGGAUUCAGUCGUUCUUCUCAACUCCUGAGACACCAGCGAAUUCACACUGGGGAGAAACCAUUCAUCUGCCCAGAGUGUGGGAAGGGAUUCACCGAUUCAGCUCAGCUGAAAGAACAUCAGUUUGUUCACACUGGGGAGAGGCCAUUCACCUGCUCAGACUGUGGGAAAAGAUUCAGUCGUUCAUCUCAGCUCUCGAGGCAUCAGCAAAUUCACACUGGGGAGAAACCAUUCUGAGGAAAUGCGGAUAUAUAAAAAAUUAUUUUGAACCUAAGUAACCUCUAGAUAAAAGAAUAAUUGGGACUGAACAG